GCACAUCACAAUGAACACUAAGGUCCUUUUGUUCCUGGGUCUGCUGGCCGUGGCGGCUGCGGAUAAGCUUCCGGCCUUCUCUUAUGGAGCUCCUCAGGUCUCCGAGGAGGCGUCCGAGGAAUUCGAGCCCGCCAAGUACGACUUCGAAUGGGCCGUGAAGGACGACGACUCCGGCAACGACUUCGGCCACCAGGAGUCCCGCGACGGCGACGACACACAGGGGUCGUACUACGUGCAGCUCCCCGACGGCCGCCUGCAGAAGGUCACCUACUACGUGGACGGCGACUCAGGCUACGUGGCCGACGUGACCUACGAGGGCGAGGCUCAGUACCCCGAGUCCCAGGAGUCUCAGGAGGCGCCCGUGUACGCCCCUCCCAGGCCCUCCUACGGGUACCCUCAGUAAAGGGACGCCCUUUGUGUAAAUCUCCUGCCGCAGACAACGAUAUGAUUUCAUCUACUUCACCCAGUCACUGAUGGCCAUAUAUUUAUGUGAUAAUAUAUUUUUGAUACAGCAAAA